AAUUCCGGAAACAUAAAGAGUAAAAGCAGAUAAUUAAUGUAAAUGAAUUAGGGUUAGUAUUGUAUUUUGUGCUGGGAGCAGAUAAACUACUGAACAUAAUACAGAAUAAAAGUUAAUCUUUUUUUUUACUUUAACUUACUUACACUUUAUUGAUACUUAUUUAAUGUUUUCUUCAGUGAAUAAACCUCGAUAUAAUUUAACUACCAGCACAAAAUACAAUAAUGUAUAGUCAUCGACGCUCUUGUCUUGAAAGUCAUGAAGCGGAUGUGAGAGUCAACUUCCUGUUUAGAUGACGGAGUUGGAUGGGAAAGCGGAAGCAGCUGCAGCACAAUCAGCUGAUGAGCGGAAACCAACUUUGUUGUAGACGUCACGAAGAAAUGGAGGUGACAGAGGAGGGGCGUCGGCAGGUGGAGGAGCAGGUGGAGCAGCUGUUGGCCGGUCAGGGGUCAGAGGUCAGCUGCUGUGACGUUGGUCUGGACCAGAGCAAACCUGCGACUCUGAGGAAGAACGUCACCUACAUCGUCUGUGGCGUCAUCUUCAACGACAAGUGUGAGGUGCUGAUGGUGCAGGAGGCGAAGCAGGACUGUUACAAACUGUGGUACCUUCCUGCAGGGAGGGUGGAGGUGGGGGAGAGCCUGGAGGAGGCACUGAGGAGGGAGGUGAAGGAGGAGGCGGGGUUUGAUUGUGAGCCAAUCACGUUGCUGCUGAUCCAGGAGCAGGGACCUCAGUGGAUCCGCUUCAUCUUCCUCGCCAGAGUCACAGGUGGAAACAUCAAGAGUCUGUCAGCAGCAGAUCAGGAGUCUCUUCAGGCGUUCUGGUGGGACAGACAGUCCGUCCUGCCUCUGAGAGGACGAGACAUCCUCCGUCUCAUCGACUGCGGACUGAAGUACCAUCAGGAUCCCUGGCAUCCGGUCACGUUACCUGUGGACCUGAGCUGCCGUCACGUGCUGCAGAGACUCGUCCUCGUCUUCACCAACUCUGACGAGCAGAUCUGGAUCCUUCUCAUUAAAGCUCCAGGGCUCCACCUCCCGACAGCAGCGGCGGUGAAGACCCAUGCGGUGACCUGGGCGGCCAACAUGGUGGUGCAGGAGGCCAUGCCGUCUGCGUACUAUGACCACGACGUCAACACGCUGGGCGUCUUCAGCCUGCAGCACAAUGGCCGGCAGCAUGGAAAGACGGAUGGGGUUUGCCUCAACACGCUGGUGGCACUGGUGCCCGACCGCGUCCAACGCAACGAGGACGGAGAGAAGGUGGAGUAUACGCCCACGGGGCAACCUCCACCUGUAGAAAACCCUCGAUACGUGUGGUUGGAAGUCCGGAAACCAACACUGAGAGAGAAACUGCUGGAAAAGACCAAAAACACCUCCAUCCUACCUCUGCACAGCCUGUACUGACCACAGGGGGCAGCAGUGCUAAGUCUUCCCUUUGUGAUUUAACAAGAAGACUCUUAUUGUGAAAAGAACACUCUUACUGUUGGCCUUCAGAAAGCUUUUGUUCUGAAAGAAAACAAUGUCUAAUUUUAUCGAGUAAUUCAGCUGCAACAUGACCCUUCACCACUAGAGGUCACUAUAUUCUACACACUGAGCCUUUAAACGUGAAUAAGGUAAUAAUUCAAAUUCAAACGUUAUGAAACGACGAAAAACCUGAGAAGUUGAUGGAUCUCCAUUCACCAGAUCACCACGGCGACGUGAUGCUCAGAAACAGGACGAUGUCGUACAGCUGGGAUCCAGGUUUCAAGUUGUAUAAACAGGAAACGUGAUGAAUCAAUAUGAACUCACUGCUUCGUCAUCCGUCCGCAACUGAAGAGACGACGACGGAAAUCUGGAGGAACUUUCAAGACAAAACGAAUGAGCUCAUUAGCUUCUGUUGGAUAACCGCUAACGUUAGCAUUCCACCACUUCUUAGCAUCAUUAAGUUACACAAUGGGAAAGACUUUUAAACUCUGAAUAUCUACAAACAUCUUGGACACGUUUAUUAAAACCUGAAAAUAAAGUUUACUACAAUCAAGCUA